CAGCAUGCCCCCGCCUACGACCGAUUGGCGAGAGCGUCUCAGCGACAUGUACAAUAGCUACAAAGGCGGUAAGUUUGCGGACAAUGGUUGGCUUGUGUGCGCCCGUGAGGCCUGCACCUUUUUAACGCCCGCGCGACCCACACCAGGCUGAAUCGACGACUGCACUGCUGUUUCGCUGCUCAGCGUUCGCUCCAAGGCUACCAUGAGUUCUAACGUCUUGCCAGUUCCCAAGGCGCCAACUGUAUCUCCCACUGCUGCGGCUCUACUGUCGACUGCGUUCGUAGUUAUCUACGUAGCUCCAUUCUAUCUAUCUUCGGCAACUCGACCGUCCCCAACUCUCACUCGCGAUGCGCCCUCCUCCAUACGCGCCAGAACGCGCGCGGUGACCUUCUCGACGAUCACUUGCGCCAUCAUCACUGCGCUGUAUCUCUACCAGCAUGAUGUCUCGGUAUACCAAUUGCUGCACCUAUGUGGAAUAUGGCCAGUCUCCAUCCUUGACAGCGUGAGGGGUAUGCUUCUGGUGUGCAUCCUCUUUGCCGGGCCUCUAUUCGAGAACGGAAUUGUAGACGGCGAUUGGAGGUAUUGGGUCAAGCUCCAGGGAGUGCACGAGAUAUUAAGCAGCUGGAUCGGAUAUAGAAACUUCGUGGUGGGUCCUGUCAGCGAAGAGAUCGUAUGGCGCUCGCUCAUGGUCCCACUGCACGCACUCGCACAGUUCAGUGAGAAGCAGAUUGUGUUUCUGACCCCACUGUACUUUGGUAUCGCUCACGUCCACCACCUCUACGAGUUCCACAUCACACACCCCGAGAUUCCCAUGCUGAUGGCUACGCUACGUUCGCUGUUCCAGUUCACCUAUACCUCGCUCUUCGGCUUCUUCGCCACCUUUUUAUACCUGCGCACAGGCAACGUGUACACUUGCAUUUUGGCGCAUACAUUCUGUAACUGGAUGGGACUUCCGCGCUUCUAUGGGCGCGUAGGAGUAGAAGCUGGAGUGCCGAUUGGUCCACCUGACGCAGACAAGAAGGACGAUGGUGCAAAACGCGCUGCGCCAUACCGAGGGAAGGGUACUGCAUGGACAGUGGCAUACUACGUUAUUCUGGUCGUGGGAUCUAUUGGGUUUUAUUACCAGUUGUUCCCUCUUACGGAGAGCACACAUGCUCUUUUGGUUCAGUCAGCGCGCACCAAGGCACCAUCUGGUGCCAGGGCACACGUCUUGCAUCAAUACUGAUAUGAUCCUUCUUAUUAAAAAGUUGGUAGAUCAAUGAAGUCGAAAAAUACCGUCAAAACUUCGGACGGAUGUUGCAGCAAAGCAGCGAAACCCAC